AUGUCGGCUGCAUUUUGCUUAGAGCAUUUCUUAGAAGCUCCGUCUGUUGUGCUCCUUGAUAGCUGCUGCAAGUGUGAAUUGCUGCAAAUUGCAGAGCACCUUAAGCUCCAGGUCCCUAAAACACUCCGUAAGAGUGACCUGAAAGUGUGGGUAGUAGACAAGUUGGUGGAGGCUGGUCAGAUGCAAGUCCCUGAUCUGCCUGAAAUGCCUGUGGUCUCUGGUGAGCCUAGUCAAACUUCCUCAUUUGAGGGGGACCAUAAAGAUGGUUCUGGUCAUGACAGUGUGGGAGAUGAGGGGGGGAAGACACCGUGCAUGCUUCCUCGCUACGAUUCCCUCUCCUCUGGAAGUUCAGAAGCACGGGACGGGGCCCGGCUAAAAGUACGACUGGCACGGCUCCAUUUGGAGGCCGAGGAGAAGGCUCAAUUAGAUCUCAAGAUCGGAAGGUUGGAGAUAGAGGCAGAUAAAGCAGUGAGGCUGCGUAAGCUGGAACUGGAGUCUCAGCUGCAAGCCUCAUCUGUCUCCGCUGAUCGUUCAGACUUUCCACCAUACCUCAUGGAACUUUUUAAGAACAGGAGCUCACUACAUGGAUAUGUUAUGUUUAUGUUCCUCACGACUCUCAGCAAAGGUUUUGCAUGCGAGGCUCCCUCGAGUCCUCAGUGCUUCAGACGAAAAGCUGAAGCUACUGUUUACACGUGCGAGUGGAGCCUGAACACGACUCAGAGCGACGUGACGUUUGAGCUUUACUUUAAUGAGACAAAAUUUGGGAACAUUAAGGAAACUUUCCAUAAUGUCGUUGAGGAACAACUCAUUCAGUCCCGCAGCGUUAUGAUUUGGGUGGAAGCUCACGUAGGAAACUCCACCUGCAAAUCACCAAAGACGUCUGCCGUACUCCAGGACAUAGUAAAAUAUGAAGCACCACAAAAUAUUUCAGCAUCCUGGUUGAAAAACAACCUAAGCUUGAGCUGGAUAACUACAGAGAAGUAUCGAGCUGUAGCAGAAGUUUGGUUCAGACGAGAUGAGCACCCCACAGAACCGUGGGGAAAAAGAAUAAUAAGCACCACCAUUAACAACAAUAAAGAUCAGCACCAGGUCUUUGUUGUAAACCUUCGGAAGAGUUCAGCGUACCAGGUUCAGAUCAGACACCGAUCCACUAUAGCCAAGAAACCACUGUGGAGUGCCUGGUCUCAGGUUGUGGUUCCUGCAGAACUUGUACAUGAGCCUAAUGUCACCAUGACAAUAACACAUUUCAAUGGCACUCGAAAGGUGACACUAAUGUGGAUGCCAAUGCCACUAGGAGCAGCAGUGAGAAAUGUGACGUCGAAUUCUUCGCACCGGUGCAUUUGCACCAAGACCGUAUAUCACAACGACCAUACUAUUUACACAUUUGUGUCGUACUCGGCUGCCAACAUCUCCGUUAUUGCCAGAAAUGAUGUGAGUGUGUCUCCUCCGGCAAUCCUGCAAGUACCAGCUGAACCUGCAUCAGAUUUAAAAGCUUGCAGCAAAACUUUGGCAGAUAAAAAAAUAAACAGGAGAACUUGUCUUGAGUGGUACGAGCUUCAAGAUGCAAGUCCAGUGCCAAAAAAUGUGAUAACCUUAACAGGAAAGAUGGGUAAUAAGAAGAAAGAAGAAGUAAGAAAGAACCUGAAGGACUACAUCCGUUACCUCUACUUUGAACACAGAUGUCAACAUGGGAGACCACAGACGGUUAAAAUGUGCUUCUAUUAUCAAAAAGAAGGUGUACCGCUGAAGGAACCUCAGGAGGUCACCACAUUUCACGAAACAGACAUUUCUGCUGACCUGUCCUGGAAAGCGAUUCCUCUUGCGUACCAGCAAGGCUUCCUGACACAUUACCGCCUGUGCUGGGUAAAAAUCAGUUCACAGGAUGAGCCCAAAGUGUGCGACAACAUACCAGCUUCAGAGACUAAAUACCACCUGGAAAACUUGAAAGCUGGAAGCAAAUAUAACAUCACCCUAGCUGGGGUGACACAAGUGGGAGAAGGGCCUGAAGCCACAGCAAUCAUCAACACCAAGCCAGGAAAACCUAUGAAUGUGUGGUUGAGUUUCGGCUUGCUGUUUGUCUUCUUUUUAUUCUCAACAACGUGCACCGUUGUCUUGAAGAAGAUCAAAGUCAAGAUUUUUCCUCCAGUGCCAAAGCCUGUUAUUACAGAUUUCAUCCCCCAUAAAUCAAAGACUCAGGAAAUCCUAGAGAAGAAAGAGGAGGUGCACGAUGAGCUGACGCUGCUCAAACUUUAUCCAGAGGGAAAGUCUGUCUCAGAGGAAGCAGAAGAUGUCCGUGUUCUCAGGGACGAGUGGGACGAUGGGACUGAUGAGGACGUAGACCACGACAGGAGUACCCUGGAAGAAUGCAGCGACGACUGUUCGAGCCCCGGCUCUACAAAUGAGGAGCAGAGGAAUUCCAAAGAAGGAGAAAUUACGGACCUUGAGCAAGUGGACAAUGAGCUUGCCAUGCUGAUCUACAAGAACGGCUUGGUGUUUGACAUGAAGACAGAAUUACCUUAA